AUCUAACUAGACAUCUUCAGUCAGGCGAGGUCCAUCGAUGUAGAUUACAGUUGCUGAUGACGAGCGAUGGCGCUGCCAAAAUAGAGAUUUUGAGACUGAACAGUCGCAGGGGUCUCGGGGUUAUCUGUGUGCACAAACCGGUAGUUUGAAACCGUGCUCGAUUUACAACUCUAUUGCAUCUGUUAAAUUACACCAUUAUCAUUCCUAUUGGUGCAUGCAGGCACAUCAUGUGCUGCCUAUUUUAACGCAAGCGGUGGUCAGAGCAACCGUGUGUGAAUGGUUUGACAAGCAAGAGAACAUUAAACACAUUAUUAUUUUAAAGGAAUUACAGUAUUUAUAACAUCGAAUUAGUUUGCUAUCUCCAUGUUCAGCUCUUUACAGGACAAAAUGUGCUUUGCUGUUCCUCAGGGAACUUUAAACAUUUAGUGGAAAAAGCAGGUUUUAAAAAAUCACUGAACUAGUGUUGCCCUUUGUUGACCUCUAGCGGUGACUAUUGAGCAAGGCAGCAGCUGCAAUAAGGGUCAAGUGUAUCUCUGUCCCUAUGGUCCCCUGUAAUUUUGUAUUUACUCUAUAUGUGCAAUGUAACUAUCAUGUAAAAAAAAAAAUACCUUUGAUUUAUUUAUCCACAAACUUAAGUCUGAUGUUGACUUAUGUCCUUUUAUCAAAGACAUCUUGACUAAGGACUUGCAUUUGACAAAUGGGCGACAACAUUCUCCAACAGGCAUUUUGACCCAUCAUGCAUCAGCUAAUAUGUGGUUAUGUAAAUAUCCAUAACGUCGUCGAAGCCUUAACCUGGGGCGUGGACUUUGCACCUGUCCAUCCUGGAGAGGGAUCCUCCUCUGUUGCUCUCCUGAAGGUUUCUUCCCUUUUUUUCCCCCUGAAGGGUUAUUUAAAUACGCACGAACUAAUGUUUACACACAGUUCCCGUUAUCUUUCCUUCAUAAUGUCUCUUAAAAAUGAAAGGCUGGUUAUGAAUUAUAGUGCGAUCCCGACAUUCCUUAGCAUGUCGGACGUGUCAUGUCGUCCGGGAGCUGUUCGCGUGUCCUCCCCUCGCUUCCCUUGGACAACGCCUUCCGACGUCAGCCGCACGGAAACGUCAAGCAGCUCACCUGGAGGGGACGCGCAGCGGCAGGACGACGAGAGGCCAAUGUCCUCGUCUGGGAAUAAAGAAUAACUUUUGAAUAAUGUCAACUCGCGACCGGUUGUUCUCAGAGUAAGUGUUGCCUUUUUUUUUUGGCACCGCACCUGACGUUUACUGUCUCGCGGACAGUGCGCUCUUAUUAAAAGUUAGAGCCAGUAGGCACUUCCGGGUUGGGACUUUAGCCGGGAUUACAGCACUCCUAUUUGGCACUGGUAGUUGGAAUAAAACCAGCAUGGACGUUGAGAUGCAGGCCAUCCGGAGGAAUGGGAGCGAUGGGGCAGCACAUUCCUGUAAUGAAUGGGUGACAGGGAAUGGGGGUGGCGUGGCCUGCAGGAUCCCUGAUGCAACAGAGAAUCACAGCUUGCUUUCUGAACAGUCUUUUUGUCAGAUGACCAGUAUUAAUGGGGAGACGGUGCCCUCUGAACUUGCAACAGAAAAUCAAACGACUCUGGGAAAUACAUUCACUCUUCGAGAGAUUACCUCCGUGUGCAGGAAAAGCAGAGAGAGGGUCAAACUAGGGCUGAUCGUCUUCUUCAUCUUCGUCUUCAUCUGUGCCGUGAUUGUGAUUUCGCUGGUCGUGUGCUCAGCAUUCCAUGAGGACGUGGAUGACAACUUUGACAGCUCGUUGUUUAAAGUUCCUCGGUCUUUCAACGGGAGCUUCCGACUGCCCAAUCAGACCUUCACAGAAGAACUGUUCAGCCUUUCUUCCAAUGAAAGCCAAGCACUCACUGCUGGCCUUCAAGAUAAGCUGGCUGACCUCUACACAACCUCCCCUGCUCUGGGACGAUACUUCUCCGGAGUAGAGAUACAUGCUUUCAGGAACGGGUCGGUCGUCGCUGACUACCAGCUGACAUUCCUCAUGCCUGAAGAGCAGCAGGAUCAGCUGAGAAACAUAACCCUGAGCAGGGAGAUGGUGUACAACGUGUUCAGACAGUUCCUCUACGACCAGGAGGCGGAUGAGUCGGGGCAGAUGUACGUCGAUCCAGCUUCCCUGAACAUGUUUCUAAGACACUAGCACAACUGGUAUAUCUUUGUUUUCCUCUCACUUUAGUGAGACACUCCUACAGUGAGUGGGGGUUGUUUGUGUCAGACGUCUGUGUGAUUCUCCCACGAGUCUGCAGAAAUGCUGCAUUGUGAUGCAUCUCUACCACAGGAAGCCACAUGGCCACAGGCGCCACUAUGGCUGGAGGUCAUAUGCGUGACUUCAUUGUGUGUUCUGUUUCAUAAACUUUUAAGCUUGUUCUUAAUUCAAUCAACAGUGCAUGACACUCUUAGGACUCAAAAUAGACAUACUGUAUGCUGUCGAACAAAAAUAAGCGUUUUGUCGUGUGUAUGAAAUGAAUUGUUCCCGAUUACAUUUGAGACUGUAUUACUCUGCCUUGUUUAACUGGAACUGUAAAUGUCAGUGCUGUAAUUAUUUAUAUUUAUUCCCUGUCACUGUCAUUUCACCAUGAUCAUUUUUACAAAAGGUGUGCCUGAAAUUGUGUCUUAAAAAAAGAAAUACAAGAGUUUAUAUUUG